AUGGAGGAGGUAAUCGUAUAUGAGCAGCCUCCGCAUGCUGUUCCUGCGAUUGUGGUAGGCAUCCCUGAUCCCCGAUUAACUGAGCAAUUUCUUCGUAUUGCCAACCAGAUGCAUCCGCUCGACAGCAGCACGCAGCACCUGAAGCGCAUUCGGCGGCGAAGCGAUCCCUCUCACGGGUCUGUGAACGCCUCCGCUGAGGAUUCUUCCCUCGCGGACGCGGCCGCUAACCUCGAGGGGGGUGAUUCACAAGACGAGGCGCGUUUCCCCUUGGAGCUCCUCCUCGAGGGCGGGGAGAGCUUCCGGAUGCGUUGGGAGAAGUCCCUCCCGGGAGGGGGAGAGGCCGACCGCCUCCGUGGUGGGCCCGUGGAGGCUUCCCUGUGGCGAAGGGUCUACCGCGAAUUUCUUCGCGCGCUUUUCCCUGAGACCGAUGCGGACGCGGAGGAGGGAGAGAAAGGAGAGAAGGGAGGGCUCCCGUUUCGCGUCGUUCUCGUCGCCAGCCACGCCCCGUUGCAGCGGCGGGAUCUCUGGCAGCGGUGGAAUGCGGCGUGGCCGCUCGCGACGCCGCGACCGCGGCCUCUUCAGCCCCCCUCCGAGGAACUUUCCCGCGAGGCCCUCUCACGAAUGCGGGGCAAAGUGCUCGCGAUGUGUGAGGCCACCCCUUCUUCGCUUCUCGGAAUCACCGCCGCGGUGUUCGACCCCUCGCAAGGGUGUUGGGUGGCGGAUAGCGAGGGCUGCACGGCGAUGCGGCGGGAUAAUCUCAGCGCCUGCUGCGCGUACGUCGCGCGGGCGCGCUGCCCUUCUCACUCCACCGGCCUCGUCCUUGAGCAUCCCGUGAUGGCCGUGUUGAAGCGCGUUUCCACCGCGGCGGCGGCGGGGAAGAAGGCGAGGGCGGCCGAGAUCUUUGAGGGCCGACCAUCCGCGCCGUACCUCGCGAAUAAUUUGGAUCUUUACGUGAGUCAUGAGCCCUGCGCGAUGUGUGCGAUGGCGCUCGUGCAUAGCCGCAUCGCGCGCGUGUUUUAUUGCUUUCCUAAUCGAGUGGAUGGCGGUCUGGGCUCCGUGCACGCGAUUCAUGGGAUUCCUUCGCUCAAUCACCACUUUCGGGUGUACCACUUCAAGGACAUGGAGGAGGAGUACAAGCAUAAACAUCACUUCCUUUAA